AUGUUGGGAUCGUCUUUUGCCGUUAAAGCCGCGCGCCCUUUCUCUCUUCUCUUCUUCAAAGCCGGUCAAAACCGAGCCAAUAUGGUUUUCCAGGUUCAGCAUAAAUUUAACAAAAAAAUUUCUUUGAAUCAACUCAAAUCUCACGACACCCAACGCCAUGGGAGAUUACUUGCCGCUGCUGACCUCCCUAUAGGUGGCGACCGCAGCCCCACCUCCGCCGCUCUGUAUUACACUAAGAUUACACUCGGUGAACCACCAAAUCCUUAUCACGUGCAAGUCGAUACUGGGAGUGACCUCCUAUGGGUGAAUUGUAUAGAAUGUGAAACAUGCCCAACAAGAAGUGACCUUGGUGUACCCCUAUUACUUUAUGAUCCAGAGGGCUCCUGUACUUCCAAAAAGAUUUCUUGUGAUGAUGAAUUUUGCACAAAAACCUUUGAUGCCCCUGAGAAUAGUGAUUGUAAGGCUGGAAUGCCUUGUCAAUAUGCAUGUAAAUAUGGUGAUGGGAGCUCAACUUCUGGAUAUUUUGUUAGUGAUAAUAUACAUCUUGCCAAAGUGUCUGGAAAUGGUCAAACGACUAUUUUGAAUGGGAAUGUAACAUUUGGGUGUGGAGCUAAACAAUCCGGGGAGCUAAGCUCAACAGAACAAGCUUUAGAUGGCAUUAUAGGAUUUGGGCAGGCAAAAACUUCGGUGCUUUCCCAACUUGCUUCAUCUAAAAAGAUAAAAAAAACUUUUUCACAUUGCUUGGAUGGUAAUAAAGGUGGUGGCAUCUUUGCUAUUGGAGAAGUGGUGGAGCCAAAAGUAAAAACGACACCAAUUCUAGAUGACAAAACCCAUUAUAACAUUGAAUUGAAGUCAAUUGAUGUAAACGGUGAGAAUGUAAAACUCCCAACAAGUAUAUUUGACUUUAUGAAGAACGAAGGAGCUGUUGUCGAUAGUGGUACAACUUUAGCUUAUUUUCCAGAUGAUGUUUACAAACAAUUAAUGGAAAAGAUCAUGGCCGCACAACCCGACAACAAGCCGCACACGGUUGAGGAGUUGUUUAAAUGUUACAAGUACUCCGGAAACAUCGAUGAAGGAUUUCCCGUUAUCACUUUUCACUUUGCGAACAAACUUCCAUUGAAAGUUGUGCCACAUCAAUACUUCUUUACAGUUGAGGAUGAAUGGUGCAUCGGUUUUAUGAACAGUAACGUUCAAGGGAAGGAUGGAGGAGAUCUAACUUUGUUGGGAGAUCUUGUUCUAUCAGAUAAGCUGGUUACGUAUGAUAUAGAUAAUCAGGUCAUUGGAUGGACCGAUUAUAAUUGCUCUUCAAGCAUCAAAGUGAAAGAUGAAGAGUCUGGGAAUGUGUAUGAAGUCUUUGCUAGAGAUUUAUCUUCGUCACAUUAUCCAUGUAGCUCUCGAGUGAUUUUGGGAUUGCUCUUAUUCCUUGCAGUUGUGUUCAUUAACUAGAUGAAUUAAAAUGUGGUUGUAUGUAAUUAAACACAUUAAAGUGAUUGUAUUUUUGUGAUGAACUAUAUGUUCCUAAAGAUACAUAUUUGUUGAUAUAUGGAUGUAAUUAUAGAAAUGAUUCAUCAAGUUGUUUGUUUGUUA